CUGUUAUUUCAGCAAGUAGACGUUCCGCAGGAGUACUUGAAUCGUUUUAUCUCUUCAUGUGUUCAAAGGUGUGACGAUCCUACUUUAACAUCGGCUUCUCUUUGCCGUCAAGUUCGUGUUAUAUGCGUCUUCCUGUCGUCUCUGAUGCGUAACAAGACAUGGAACGUUCACCCACUGUCAAUUGAGCUGCAAAGUUUUGCUUUGAAAUACAGUAAUGUUCGUGAAGCUGCCUCUUUAUACCAAGCAAUUCUUAUAGCAAUGCAAUCAGAAAUUCCAAAGAACGAAACUGAGGUUCAUCCUAGCUUGAAAGCUGACUAA